AAAAAGCACAUGAAUGUCACAGAAGUGCAGAUGUCAUCUUUUUUCAUACAAUCGCCAUUCAGAUGGUUUUCUUCAGGUGCAGCACAAGGUUUAGUUCUGCAUCAACACAAUACACAAAUAUACAAAAUACAUUAUGUGUUCUGAUCGUGGGAACCAAACGUUUGGGGUCAUUUUAGUUCACUUGUUAAAAAUAAAUAAGAGAAAUUGCUAAAAGUUGAUGUGUGUGCAAUUUUAAAAUAAGAGAUAUUUAAAUAAAUUUUAUUUCGACACAAUAACCGGAAGAGUCAAGCCUCAUUUACGACCUGUGGUACCGUUGCCAUGGCAACACGGUGACUCCUCGGCGACAGAAAGACCUUGGACAGCGUUUUGCAGCAUGGCGACUUUAGUCUCUCUAGACUCUGUGAGGAAGAAGAUCCAGACGCUGCAGCAGGUGGCGUAUGAGGCGGAGGAGCGAGCCGAGCUGCUGCAGGCGGACGCGGACGCGGAGCGGGAGGCCAGACUGCGGGCUGAGGCAGAGGUGGCCUCUCUAAACAGGCGCAUCCAGCUGGUGGAAGAGGAGUUGGAUCGGGCUCAGGAGAGACUGGCUACUGCUCUGCAGAAGCUGGAAGAGGCCGAGAAGGCGGCAGACGAGAGUGAGAGAGGAAUGAAGGUCAUAGAGAACAGAGCCACAAAAGACGAAGAGAAAAUGGAGAUCCAGGAGAUGCAGCUGAAGGAAGCCAAACACAUUGCAGAGGAGGCUGACCGCAAAUAUGAAGAGGUUGCCCGUAAACUAGUGAUCCUGGAGGGUGAGCUGGAGCGCUCCGAGGAGCGGGCUGAGGUGGCUGAGGCGCGAGUGCGGGAGCUGGAGGAGGAGCUUAGACUAAUGGACCACAAUUUGAAGUCCAUGAUGUGUGACGAAGAAGAGUACUCGCAGAAGGAGGACAAGUAUGAAGAGGAGAUUCGGGUGCUGACUGACAAACUGAAGGAGGCUGAGACUCGUGCAGAGUUUGCAGAGAGGUCUGUGGCUAAACUAGAGAAGACCAUUGAUGAUCUAGAAGAGAAAGUUGCUCAUGCCAAAGAGGAGAACCUGGAGAUGCACCAGGUGUUGGACCAAACUCUUCUAGAGCUCAACAAUUUAUAGUACAACAUUGAUCUUGUGAGCUCUUCAUUCCUGAUAUAAUUUUAGCACAAGAAACAAAGUCAGUUGUAAAAAUAACUGUAGGACCUUCACUAAUCAUUGUAAUGAUUGUUACAGAUAUUUGUUGCUAAAGGUCACAAGAUAAAGACACUUUACACCUCAAAAUCAAGUCCUACCAUUAUGUUUUGGAAUUAUGACAUUGGAGAAAUACUACAAGAAAUAAAACCUGUGCCCUGUGUACCAUUUCUUGUUUAUGUCUUCAUCCUAAACCAUUUUAAUAAAACAUGGGUUUGUUGAAUGGUU